CGCGGCCCCUUUUGAUCUCGCGAGAACAGGCUCGGCCUCCUUGGAGCCGUCGCGCCAGUGCCUUCCUCCCGGCGGCGAGGCAUGGAGGGCGGCGACGGGGCGCGUGGCGGCGGCGGCGCGUGGGGGGAGAGCCUCUUCUCGCUGGAGCUGCUGGUGGAGUCUGCGCGCGUGGAGCCCUGGCUGCUCCCGGGGCCCUCGCCGGCCAGCUCCUCCCCCUGCUCCUCCGCCUCCUCGGCCUGCUCGUGGGGCCCGCUCCGCCCCGCGGUGGCCCUCCGCCUGCUGGACUUCCCGACGCUGCUGGUGCGCGCCCCGCAGGCGGCCUUGCGGGGCCCGCUGGUGCCCUUCGGCCGGGGCAAGUCCUGCCUCUUCCGCCUCCGGCCCGAGUCCCUGCGGGAGGUGCUGCGGCGCUCCCCGCUCUACGCGCUGCUGCUGGGCCUGUCUCCUCCGGGCCGGGCCCCGCCCGCCUCCUGGCCUCCUGCAGCGUCUCCCUGGCCGACGCCGCCGAAGCUGCUCCUCCUCCCGCCGGGGCCCUCCGGAGGCCGAGGGGGCCGCUUCCCCCUGCGGGACCUGGCCGGGGAGCCCGUGGGCGAGCUGGCCCUCAGCUACCGCCUCAGCAACCUGGGGCCCUGUCCCAGGAGCCACCUGGGCCAAGGCGCCGCCCCGGCCAGGCCCUGCCUGCAGAAGGGGGCCGAGGAGCCCAGCAAGAGGCAGCCCAGCCUGGAGCUCAUCCCCGAGGGGGACGAGGAGCAGGACCUGGCCCCAGAGCCCUUCAGCCUGGGAUCCACAAGCAGCGGCCACGACGAGGCGCCUUUCGAUAGCCACACAGAAGCGGGUGCCAGGAGCCCCUCAGGGACUCGCUCCAAGAGCCCCACAUUGCCUCACUCCAAGAGCCCCACAGGGAUUCGCUCCAAGAGCGCCACAGAGACUCGCGCUAAGAGCCCCACGGUGCCUCGCUCCAAGAGCCACACCAAGGCACGCUCCAGAAGCCCCACCGAGACACAUCGUAGUAGCCCCACAAGGACGCGCUCCGGCAGCCACUCCAGGCCACACUCUAAGAGCCACACAGAGCUGUCCUUAGUGGAGGCGGAUAAUGAGCUGGACAUCGAGGCCAACAUUUUUUGCCCCCCGCCCAUGUACUAUACCUGUCCGCCUGCCAGUCCCAGCCCCAUGCCUCCAUCUACCUCAUCUGUCAUAAUGACGGUUGCUGCUGCUCAGGAAUCUUUUCCAGAUGAAGUUGUAACAGUCCCCUCUGCAGUCCCUCUCAUGGAGAAGGAGCCUGCCAGGCCUUUUCGGGAGGCAGUCCCUGCAGCACAAACGGGAGGCAGCCCGGAGCAGCUCAGGCAAAACCUGAACCAACUACCUCUCCUCAACGCCUUGCUGUUGGAGCUGUCUCUGUUGAACAACCCGUCUUUGCAGCCGCAGCCGUCUUCCGUGCACCCUCAGUUGGCGUGGCUGUACCAAAACAAAGAGGUGGCGAAAGACCCGUGUGACAAAACUGUGUGUCCCUGCUGCGAAGAGAAGAAAGGCGCUCAUCAUAAAGACAGAGGGAGGUCGAUAAGUCCCAAGUUAAAAAGAACCCGUCCAGAGCAUUUAAAGUGCAUCUCCCCUGCCUUCCCUCUCCCCUGCCUUGGAAAAACUUCCCCCAAAAUAGCCUAUUCUGAAAGACUUCGCACAGAGAAAAAUAAUGCCAAAGAAAACUCUCCUCCUAGGAGAAAGCUUACUUACGGGCUCACAAACACGCUGAGGCUCCGCCUGCAGCGGUCCAACCCAGCUAUGUUGAAAGUUCAUGAAAAACGGGAACAUCGUAGGAAAAAACAAGGAGAGUUAGUUGAAAAGAAAAAGAAAACCUCUUCGGGCAAAGGGAAAGGACUUCGUGGCUCCCCUGAGGUUCAACCAAAGUCUUCUGAGGACUUUGAUGAAAAAAGCAUCCCUGAUCAAAAAGCUCAAAUUAAUGAAAAUGUUGAGACUUUGAUCCAAAGCAGUGUUGACCAAAUUUGUCCUACCGCAAAGAAAGGUGUUGUGAAGAACAGUGAUGACGGAAAACAAAAGGUCUCGUAUGAAACGAUUGGCUCUCCUUGUAAUGAAAAUGGUCUGAAAUUCCAUCUGCCGGCAUUCUUUUUACAAGAGAGUGAAGGCCUUGAAAACAAAAUUGAUACAGAUGUGGAAAAGAGUGGAGAGCACAAUAGUUCUGAAAUUUCAUCUAUACAGAACGAUAGCCAAAGUAAUAAGCUGGAAAACAGCCAUGAAUUUAAUAAUGUCGAUGGCGUACAGGUGAACUCUGGCAACACUGCCUAUUCAGAAGAUUUCACCAGUGCUGACAUUUCAGUCCCAGGCUUAGAGUCUCAAGAGAGCAGUCCGGAUUCAUUAAUGGAAAGCCAGGAUGAAAACCACUCUGUCUUGGAUUCAGAUUCUAAAAUAUCUGGAAGAAGUCACACUACUGAAAGUAUUUCUCCACCUCUUCCAGUACUUUCUGCUGCCUCUCCCAUCCAGUCUUUUAAAAAGACACAUAGUUUAAAAUCUGAUACAAAAAGCACAGGUGUUCUUUUCAGCCAGCUUCUUGGUGAGUCUUCUCCUCCAGAAACUGUAAAGGAAGAAGUGGUGGCUCAAGAUUCAGUGGAGGAAGGAGGGAGCAGAGCGGUAUUACAGAAUAAAGAAGUGAGCUCCGAUUUGAACUGGAACAUCGCAAAAAGCCAGUCUGUGGAAAAGAGCAGCUCGCUAAGGACAUCUCAAGUUAGCUCUUACUUGCCUUCCAAUGUGUCUGACCUUGAUCUUAGUGGGUUAGAAGAUAGUAAUGCAUCUGAAAAAGAAAAUGAGGACUUUGCAGUGUUGAAUAUUACUAAUCAGUGUAGGCACAUCAGUGAGCUAAUAGUAAAUAAGCUUCCAGGAUAUACAAUGUAAUUCCCAAUAAUAAUGAUUUGAUCAAAGCAAAAAUGUCUGUAUUUUUUUUAUAAGCGAGCAUAUUGUAUAAGUAUUUUGGUUAUUGUUUAAAAAUACAGUAUUUAUUUAUUUUGUGUCAAAAGCAUUGCAUAAAAUAGUUUAUCUAAAACUACUAAAAUAGUUUACCUAAAACUAAUAAAAUGGUUUAUCUAAAACUGAUAAAAUAGUUUAUUAAAAACUGAAAAAAAAUAAAGGGAUCACAAGCUGCUA